GCAGAGCAGUUAACGCCCUCCGAGUCCGCAGCAGAUUCAGUUCCUGUUGCUACGACACUUCGCACUCGGUAUUAGGACUGCGAGAUAUUAUUAACCGUCAGCUCCAGUCCUAGAAGUAACCGAGAAAACGAGACUUUCUCCAUCCGGAGUGGCUAACAGAAGGAGGGAAGUUGAAAGGGUUUGAGACCGAACUCGCUUGGACACUGACAAUCAAGCAUUCAAGAGCAGCAGCACCUGGGAGUUGUUCAAGAAACUGCGGAGUACAAAGUAGAUCAGCAGCCACCUCGCACAAGGGCAGAGAGGUGAUCGCGGAUUUACCACAGCUUCACUGCGCGCCUUGCCUCGGCUGAGCGGCGGCAAAGAUGAACUGCACGAAAGACAACUACGAUUCCUCCGCAUUUACGUCCACAUAUUUCGUUGUGAUUUACAGUCUUGUCUUUAUUAUAGGGCUUCCGGAAAACAUCGCAGCAUGCUUUUAUUUACUACACAACACAGCCAAUAAAGGACUGACUGAAGUCAAAAUCUACAUGAUCAAUUUGACACUGGCAGACCUGAUGUUCAUCCUGUUUCUUCCAUUCUGGGUCGAUUAUUACAUCAACGGAAGAGACUGGAGAUUAUCCGACAACGCGUGCGGUUUCUUGGGGUCUCUGUUUUACAUCAACACCUACAGCACUCUCUGCUUCUUGACGCUGAUAAGCUUCACCCGCUACCUCGCUGUCUCACGGCCGCUGAAAACAGCUCAGUCGAAGCAGCUCGUAAGAGGUAUAAUUGUUACCGUUGUAAUAUGGACAGGAACUGUGGGUUCUGCUAUACAUACUUUGAUCACCAGCAGUAACCACACCAAUAAAAGAAAUGACACCAAAACAAGCUGUUUCGAACAUUACUGCAGCGACUAUCCGUCGGUGCGAAAAGGUUUAUUGGCCAUUCACUCGAUUAUGGUGCUGACUUUCGCUGUCCUCUUCGGUGUGGUGAUUGCAAAUUACAUCCUCAUCCUUCGAAAACUUUUGAUUGAGAAGGUAGCGUUGAGAUUGCCUCAAGGCAAGCUGAAGAAACGGGCUUCCCGAAUGGUGCUGAUGGUUCUAGUGAUCUACAUCCUUUGUUUUCUGCCAUACCACUUGAUCCAGCUGCCUUGGGUGUUUUUCGUUCUCGGCUUCUCGGAAUCCGGCGAUAGCAACUUCAGGAAGAGAUUCAAUGACCUUCACCACGUUACUCUGGGUCUGAUGUGCAUGAACUGCGUUCUGGAUCCUAUUGUUUACUGUUUCCUGACCGAAGAUUUCAGGCAAUACCUGAGAGAGUUGAUGGGCUGCCUCAGGAAUAUCAGUGUUCUGAAGAACAGGCAAAAAUCUCAAACCGUGCACAGUUGAUCGCAGUAUCCGAAUUAGGUGUGAAUGUAUUGAUUGUAUAUUCUCAGUGAUUUGUAUCAUAUUGUUUUGCAAGUAACGACGAGUACAAAAAACACAACGAACACCAGAGUGUACCGACCAGCUCGGGGGAAAUCCGUACGAAGUAUGGGUUAACACACUGUUUCAUAUAUUUUUUUACCAGAGCCUAUCACUUCGU